AUGAUGAAUGAAGAAAGCUCAACAAUGGAGAUUGAUCAACAAAACGAAGAUUUAAACAAUUGGUUACCGGUAACGGCCUCUCGAGAGGCCAAAUGGUGGUACUCCGCCUUUCAUAAUGUCACCGCCAUGGUCGGUGCCGGUGUUCUUGGUUUGCCUUUUGCCAUUUCACAACUUGGAUGGGUAUAUGGAGUAGGGGCAAUAUUAGGAUCUUGGGUGAUAACAUUCUACACAUUGUGGCAACUUGUGGAGCUACACGAGGCCGUUCCCGGAAGACGGUUUGACCGUUACUCGGAGCUCGGUGAAUAUGCUUUUGGCCCGAGACUAGGUUAUUGGAUUGUGAUGCCACAACAAAUGUUGGUCCAAGUUGGUACUGAUAUAGUCUACAAUGUCACGGGAGGAACAUCGCUUAAGAAAGCGAUUGAGCUCUUGAUACCGAGUUUCGCGAUGAGGAACACUUAUUACAUUUUGAUCUUCACUUUGAUUCAACUUGGCUUGUCUCAGAUUUCAAACUUCAACUCUCUCAAAGGUGUUUCUCUUUUAGCCGCGGUCAUGUCCGUUUGUUAUUCUAUGAUAGCAUUUGUUGCGUCGACGGUUAAAGGAACGAGUAACCAACACCCUUCUAGCUACGUGAUUCGGUCUCACGACUCGGUCGAUAUAGCGUUUAACGUGAUGAAUGCGUUGGGAACGAUAGCGUUUGCGUUUGCAGGACAUAGCGUGGUUCUUGAGAUCCAAGCGACCAUUCCUUCAACACCUGAGGUCCCUUCCAAGAAACCGACUUGGAAAGGAGUCGUAGUGGCUUACGCCAUCGUCAUCAUUUGCUAUUUAGCCGUCGCAACCGCCGGUUUUUGGGCGUUUGGAAAUGUAGUGGAAGACAAUAUUCUUGUGUCGCUUCAAAAACCUAGCUGGCUAAUCGCAGUCGCUAAUUUCAUGGUGUUUCUUCAUGUUGUUGGAAGUUAUCAGGUAUUUGCAAUGCCCGUGUUUGAUGCAAUAGAGUCGUGUCUGGUGAAGAAUCUCAACUUCACUCCUUCCACAUGCCUUCGUAUUGUGGGACGUAGUUCUUACGUUGGUAUGUGA